AUGGCAGCACAGCUGCCCAAGUCGGUGCCAUUUGUAUGUUUGGGUAACGUUUGUCGAUCACCCAUUGCAGAAGCAGUUUUCAAAAAACUUGUAACUGAUCAAAAUAUUUCAGAUAAUUGGAGGAUAGACAGUGCCACCACAUCCACUUAUGAGACAGGAAACCCUCCUGAUUAUCGAGGGCAAAACUGCAUGAAGAAGCAUGAUAUUCCUAUGAAUCACGGGGCCCAGCAGCUUACCAAAGAAGACUUUGAUUAUAUACUAUGUACAGAUGAAAGCAAUCUGAGAGAUUCGAAUAGAAAAGGCAGUGAAGUUAAAAACUGCAAAGUGAAAAUUGAACUACUUGGGAGCUAUGAUCCACAAAAACAACUUAUUAUUGAGGAUCCCUAUUAUGGGAAUGACUCUGACUUUGAGACUGUUUCCCAGCAGUGUGUUAGGUGCUCCAAAGCAUUUUUGGAGAAGUCACAGUAA